AUGCCGCCCCACCGUGCAGAACGGUCGGCAUUCACCGUGGCUGUACAAGCUGGCGCUGCCCAGAUCAAGCCGCGGGCGUACCAGGUGGAGCUCCUGGAAAUGGCCAAGACCAAUAAUGUCAUCGCCUUCCUGGACACGGGGGCGGGGAAGACCUUCAUCGCGGUCAUGCUCCUCCAGCACCGCCUCACUGCCUCCCUCAGCACACACCAGGCGACUGCCCGGGCGGUGUUCCUGGUCCCCCGCGUACCUCUGGUCUUCCAGCAAGCCGAGGUCCUGGCGGCGCACCUGCCCUGCGCCGUGGGGCGCUACGUGGGGGAGAUGGGGGUGGACCUGUGGGACUCCAGGCGCUGGGGCCGGGAGUGGGAGCGGCAUGGGGUGCUGGUCAUGACGCCCCAGAUCCUGCUCAACCUACUGACUCACGCCAUCAUCCCGAUAUCGCGCGUGCACACCAUCGUGUUUGACGAGUGCCACCACACCCAGAAGAAACACCCCUACAACCUCAUCAUGAAGGAGUUCUAUCACCGAGUGACGGGGUCGACGCCCCGGCCUCACAUCCUGGGGCUCACAGCCGCCCCCGCCAACGUGAGGAGGGAACAGGCCUCCUGGCGGCUGUCCAAAAACAUCGUGACGCUUGAAGGAAACCUGGAUGCGCAUGUGGUCACAGUCCUCGAUCGCGAGGACGUGGAGGCCGCCGCCCCACCACCCACUCUGCGCAUAUGUUACUACUCGUGCGGCCAGGGCCACCCACCAGAGCUGCGAGCCCUCCUGCGGGCCAUCAGCCACGCCAGGCUGCGCCUUGCCGCCGCCGGAGACCUGGUCAGCCAAGUCUGGACGCACGAGCUCGAACAGAAGAUGGGCAGUGCCAAGAAGUCGUCAGGCCGAGUGUACUUUGACCCUGUGAUCUCUGGAUUUUCAACCUCCAGGUUCAACCAGAUGCUGUCUGGCGUGCAGCAUGUCACCGAGACACUGGGUAUGUGGUGUGGGGCCCAGGCAGCGCGCUCCAUCUUCAAAACCCUGAUCACCGAGGUGGCCCCCACCUACAUGGCUGGCAUGGGGGCCAACAAGAAGGGAGAGGGCUUUGAGUACCAGACCUUCAACCCCUCUGCAGCCCGGCUGGCGGCAAUGAUGGGUCGCGACACCGUCGUCAUGGGUGAAACCAUGGCUGACGAGGAGGGGUCCAACUCCGACAUGUCUGAUGAAGAGGUGCCCACCUUCCCCAGACAAGAGAUCGAGCAGGAGCAGACAGCCACCAAUCUCUCUGCCCUGGAGGUGGUGGUUGCCUUUGCACAAGCCCUGCUCCCAACUGGCGCGCCCCAGGCCGCAAAGUGCGAGGACAUGAUUUGCAUGCUCAGGCGGAGGGUGGAGGGUGGCCAGCUGAUCAAGGACCUGCCUGUGAAGACGAUGGAGGAGUUGCUGGGUGCCGUUACCCCUUACGAGCUGCAGGCUGAGGUCGAUGCCCUGGGCGUCGUGGAGGAGGCGGCGGGCCCGCCGGCGAGCGCCGUCCCCGGCGCCGACCUGCGUGUGACGGCCGUGCUGGCGGGCGGCGCGGCGCACGUGGUGCCCAUGACCCAGGAGCCCAGACGGCUGGGUCUGGUGACGCAGAAGGUGGUAGUCCUGGUCGAGCAGCUGCUGCAGUACCGGGGGACGGCCACCCAGAAUGAGACUGAUGGCUCGUGCUGGAGCGGCAUCGUCUUUGUGACACGGCGGCUGGCCUGCUGGGCCGUGCACAUGCUGCUGAGCACGCUGCCCUGCACGCGCGCUUUCCUCAGAACGGCCGCUGUCACGGGGUACCAGCAGCGCACUGGCGAGGCCGUGGGCGUCAGGCACCAAGAGGAGACCCUGCGCGGGUUCAGGCAGGGCACCUUGAACCUGCUGGUGGCCACGGCGGUCGUGGAGGAGGGCAUCGAUGUCCGUCGUUGCCAGCUGGUGGUGCGAUUCGACCUCCCGCCCACCGCGCAAAGCUACAUCCAGUCACGUGGACGGGCGCGCAUGCAGAACAGCGUACUGAUCCUCAUGGUGCAGACAGAGCUUCCCGAGGAGCUGGAGAUGAUCAAUCACAUGAUCAAGUUUGAGGCGGAUUUGAGGCAGGAGGUGCUGUCCAAUAUUCACAAGAUGAAGGCGAGGCGGAGGGAUGGGGACGAGGAGCUGCGGUACAUGGUGGCCAGCACCGGCGCACGAGUGAGCGCAGGUAACGUCCUCCGACUCCUCCACACCUACAUCUCCAAGCUGCCCACUGACAGGCAAGCGUACUCCAUCCUGCGGCCAACCUACCGCACAGAGGCACUGCUCGACGGCAUGUACUUGACCCAUGCCUUCCUGCCCAGCAACUGCCCCCUGCGGGAGACGGUGGGCAUGCCGCAAUCCACCCGCCGAAAGUCCAUCGCCUCAGCGGCCCUCAACGCCAUCCGGCUCCUGCACGAGUCUGGGAGCCUGAACGACAACCUCCUGCCGGCAGCAUUCGAGCUGGCAGCCGAGCGGCGACACGCUUCCGGCGUGCAGUCGGGAGGCUUCCACCCUCCUGCACCCAGCGGGGAGCAUGGGGAGGUGCUGCUGCACCCAUACAGGUGGCUGGUGGUGGACGACAGGAGCAGGACUCUGGCCGCCAGCUCCUCUGGUCCGGCCAAGGCCAUGCGGGACCUGGUAUGCCUGCUGCUGGAGCCCCUGCCCGAGGGCCUACCCCCUUGCCGGCUGCCAGGCAACGACGGCGCCUCCAACCAGCUCGCCUUCCUCCCCGGCCCGGCCGUGCGCGUCUCCGGCGACCAGCUUCGACAGCUCAAGGCCUGCCACGUGGCGCUGGCGCAGCUCAUGCUGGCGCGGGGGCCCCCGCGCCACGCUGCUGGGCAGCGGCGGAAGGCUGAGGUUGCGGUCGCAGUGGCAGCAGAGGCAGCCGAUGGAGAGGGUGGGAUGGUGCCGGAGCCGGAUGAGAUCGUGGCCGGGGCGACGGGAGGCACGGCGCCGGCGCCUCCCCACGCCGACAUUGGGCGUGCAGGGGUUGCACAUGAGGCAGCACCGACGCCCCACGAUGACCGACCUGAGGACAAAGGAGCCGGUCUGUUCGUGCGAGCCCUGGUGCGCCGGAUAAUCGACCGCGUGAUCAUCCUACAGGACGGCCACCUGCCCAAGAGCCGGCGGGGCAAGGCGUCCAGGGCUGCGGGGGUGUCCCCGGAGGCGCUCAGCUUCCUGCUGGCUCCCGCAGCCCCAAGCGGCGACGGCAGCAUAGACUGGAGGCUGGUGGCCGAGGUAUGUGGGGACGCCGGAUCCACAUCCGUGCUGGCGCUGCUGCGCAGGGGGGUGGACCUGCGGGACCGCAUCAUCUGGACGACCUACAACCGUAAGGUCCACGCCUUCAGGGGCGUGCGGCACGACUUGAACCUGCAGUCCACGUUCAAGACCAGCGAGGACCGCGGCUCAGCCCCACGCGGCAAGCGUCGGGCUGCAGGGGCGGCGCCCGCUGCCGUCUCCGCGGCCGGGAGCCCCGCCGACGAGGCCCCGCCCACGACGACCCGCACCUCCUACGCCGCCUACUACGCCGAGCGUUGGGGCCUGCCGAACCUGGACCCCGGCCAGCCGCUCAUCGAAGCCAGCGCCUGGAAGCAGGGCGCGGGCGGGCGCCUGGAUGCGGCCGCGGAGCCGGAGGAGGGCGAGGCCUCCGUGGCCCUGGUGCCGGAGCUGACGCUGCGCAGGCCCAGCCUGGCGCUGCUGCGCACGGCGCUGACGCUGCGCUCGGCGGGCGAGGGCAGCGACUACGAGACGCUGGAGACGCUGGGGGACACCUUCAUGAAGUACGCGGUGUGCGCCGAGCUCUUCUUCGAGAACCGCACCUACCAUGAGGGCCAGCUGACGCGGUGCAAGGACGACGUGGUGUCCAACCUGAGCCUGGCACAGCGGGCGCAGGCACUGGGCCUGCACAGCGCCCUCCAGGUGCUGCCCUUCUCCGUGGGCAACUGGACGGCGCCGCCCAUCGUCAAGGUGGGCGGCAAGGUGCUGGCAGACGGCAUGGAGGCCCUGGUGGGGGCUUUUGUGGUGGGCAGCGGAGAAGAGGCCACCCGCGUCUUCAUGAGGGUCCUGGGCCUGCUCAAGGCCCUCCAGCCCAGCUCAAAGCUGGAGCCGGCGCCGGGCGGGGAUGCCGACGUGGCGCACCAGGAGGUCGACGUCGACGCCAUCCAGAGGGUGCUCGGGUACACCUUUGCCCGCCCCGGCCUGGUGUGCGAGGCGCUGACGCACUGCUCCUGGAGCGGGCGCAACGGCAGCUGCUACCAGCGCCUGGAGUUCCUGGGGGAUGCCCUGCUGGACCUGGUGGUGGUCCAGCACUGCUUCGACUCCUUCACGGACGUGGAGCCGUCAGACCUGCACGACAUGCGGUCUGUGGCGGUGAACGCCGAGCGCCUGGCCUUUGUGGCUGUCCACCACGGCCUGCAGCGCCACAUCCGGCAUGCCUCGCCCAAGCUCCUCUCCCACCUCACCGACUUUGUCAGCAUGUGGCGUGAUGAGGAGACGCUGCAGACCUUCAGUGGCGCCCUGCCAGAGUACAAGCUGGUGGCCUGGGUGCAGGAAAGGGCCCACGUCCAAGUCAGCUGCAUGGACGUGCUUCUUGGGGAGAGCAAGGGCGGGAGGAACGCACGGUCCUCUGGCCGGCUGGCGGCGCAGGAUGCACUGGACAGGUGGCGGGAGCUGGAGCCGAAGCUGCGAGAGGCGCUGGUGCUGCGGGCGGCCGCUAAGAAGGAUGGGCUUGCCUCGAUGAAAACUCCAAAGCUGGUCCGUGCUUGA